AUGAAGAGUUACUCGGGGACGAGGAUAGCACAAAGCGACAGAAGCCAGAACACUGAAAAAGUGAUCAAGGCAGCUAUUGUGCUAUUCAAUGACGCCAUCGACAUGACCCUAUGCCCCGGCCUAACAACAGAGAAUAUCGCAGUCGCUAAGCUGAGCACCGGGGCAUGGGACUUGGGGGUGGUGUCCGUCUACCUAGAGGGCGACACACCAAUCGACCCUUAUUUAGAAAAGAUCGAUGCGGCCGUGGUGGGACUACGGACAAGACACGUGAUACUCGGUGGGGACGUAAAUGCUUGGAACACCUGGUGGGGAAGCCGGAAAACAGACAGCAGAGGAAUCGAGGUCGCCGCAAAGCUUGACCAACUAGAACUCCAUAUUCUCAACAGGGGGACUGAGCCUACUUUUGACACAUAUAGAGGCGGAAAGAGGUUCUCCAGCUGCGUGGAUAUAACUACCUGCUCGACUGGCCUACUCGGGAGGAUGGACAACUGGAGACUAUCCGACGAAAUAACCAGUUCGGACCACAGGGCAAUCCUAUUUGACAUUAAUUUAGGAAAAUCAACAGGAACCAAUAUAAAAAGAAUAACAAGGAAAUACAACACCAAGAAGGCGAAUUGGGGCGAGUUUCGUGAGAAACUCGUCCAAAUUUGGAAGGCAAAAAGAAUAAAUAAAGAGGAAAUAAAUAAAAUAGCAACAACGGAUGAAUUAGAAAUAAAAACAGAACAUUACACAAAUUCAGUAAUAGAAGCAUGCGAAAGUAGUAUUCCUAAAAUAAAAACCAAAAAACAAAUGGGACUGCCCUGGUGGACCCACGAGCUGACAGUACGUAAAAAGGAGGUCUCCAGGUUGAAGCGCCGUAUUUCAUACGCAGCACCAGUCCGUCGCGGGUGGGUCGUCGAACAGUAUAAAAAAGCAAAAGAUGAAUACCAAUAUGAAGUAAAAAGAGCUCAGACCACCAGCUGGAAGGACUUCUGUUGUAAGCAAGACCGAGAAACAAUGUGGGAUGGUAUAUAUAGGGUUAUAAGCCGCACAUUGAAUCGACAUGAGGAUGUUCCACUUAUGCAGGACGGGGAGACGCUAGACGGUGAGGCAUCGGCCAGGAUACUUGCAGAAACAUUUUAUCCGGAGGAUAGCACUGAGGACGAUGACACGGUACACAUGCAAACAAGAGCUACAGCGGAAACUGUAAACGAAGGGUCACAUGAUAGUCCAUGUGACCCACCAUUUACAAAAGAAGAACUAAUGUGGGCCGUGUCUAGUUUUAGUUCUAAAAAGGCACCCGGUGACGAUGGUUUAACAUCGGACGUCUGUGAAGUAGUCGUCACCUUGGACUUAGCAUUGUUCCUGGCACUAAUAAACAAGUGCCUCAGUCUUGCAUAUUUUCCCAUCAAAUGGAAGAGGGCCGCAGUCGUUGUAUUGAGAAAGCCUGGUAAGGGGAACUACACACACCCUAAGUCCUACAGGCCGAUUGGGCUUUUGCCUGUACUAGGAAAAAUUUACGAAAAAAUGUUAGUUCGCAGAAUAAAGUGGCACAUCGUGCCAAAGAUAAGCCAAAACCAAUAUGGAUUUAUGCCGCAACGCAGCACGGAGGACUCCCUCUAUGACAUGAUGCAGUUUAUUAAGAUCAAACUGAAAGACAGAAAGUUGAUUCUGAUCAUAUCAUUGGACAUAGAGGGAGCCUUCGACAAUGCGUGGUGGCCGGCGAUACGGUGUAGGCUCGCGGAGAUUGGGUGUCCGGUAAAUCUGAGGCGGGUAGUAGAUAGCUAUCUUAAAGAUAGAACGGUGUGCCUCAGAUAUGCCGGGGCCGAAUGCGUAAGAAAGACCACAAAAGGGUGUGUGCAAGGCUCGAUCGGGGGUCCAAUUUUCUGGAAUUUACUACUGGAUCCACUCCUGAGGGAGUUAAGUGAAAGAGGGUCCCAUUGCCAGGCUUUCGCGGAUGACGUGGUCCUGAUGUUCUCCGGGGAUACGGCACGACAGGUGCAAGAGCAGGCCAAUGAAAUUCUCGAACAUGUCCGGAGGUGGGGAGUCGGUAAUAAGCUUAAUUUUGCGCCACACAAAACAAAAGCAAUGGUCGUAACAAAUAAGCUGAAGUAUGACUCACCACGUCUGGAGAUGGGCGGGGAGGACAUUGAGCUCUCCAAAGAAAUUAAAAUACUCGGCCUCACAGUUGAUGAUAAGCUUACCUUUAAUAUACACAUCCAGAGAACUUGUUGUAAAGUUCAAAACAUAUAUCGUCAACUGUCGAGAGCUGCAAAGGUACAUUGGGGCCUGAACCCGGAGAUCAUUAGGACCAUCUAUAUUGCAGUUGUUGAGCCAAUAGUUAUGUAUGCGGCCAGUGCAUGGGCAUCAGCAGCCAAUAAACAUAAAGCUAAAAAACAACUGGAUAUGGUACAGCGCGGGUUUGUGCAGAAAGUUAUUAAAUCUUACAGGACAGUCUCUCUACACUCGGCCCUACUACUCGCCGGGUUGCUUCCUUUGGACUUAAGGGUCCAGGAAGCAGCCCUCCUUUAUGAAAUAAAGAAAGGCUUCUCCCGGCGAGUUGACCUCCAUUCCGAGUUACAGAGAGCAAAGCGCCUUCUGCUUCAACACUCUUAUAGUGCAACAAUGUCCGAUAAAUCUAAAAAAUCGGGAUCAAUUUGCUCGGAUAAACAAACAUUGCACAAGAAGAAAACUCAUAUUGGGUCACAUGCGACCACUAAAGAACCUACUAAAACCUUACAUAGUAUAAAGACAAAAUUGGUCGAGUCAACGGAUCACAAUGUGCCUAAAGUUGACGCCCAGUGUAUAAUCGUUGGUUCGGAAUCAGAUCAACCACACUUCCAGCCCUCACCUACCCUUGAAAUAGAGGAGAGAGGUAAGUUAUCCUCUACUCCAGAGUCUGCCACCCCAUCGCCUAACCUAGAGGAAGCUAUAACUUCUUCUCCUCUCCUGACCAGACCGGGUUCAAGUUUACUGCGUAUCAAAACCCAAAUCCGACAGGCUAAAGCAGUUGAAGCUGAGGAGGUCACGAGGAGAAUGUCUGAGGUGGAGGACCAAAUAGAGUCCGACAACGACACUGGGGAAACAAAUACUUCCUUUGAUGCCUCUUCGCGUUCUAUAGGCGGCAAUCGGAUGUUUCUUAACGAACUACCAAGACAUGCGAAUGAGAUAUUGCAGCGUUCCAAAUCAGAGCUGGAAAAAUCUGGUAAUCUUAAAAGGGAAAUACGGGAAAGUGUAAUAGCUGGAUUGUAUACUCUGUAUGAAAUGAUUUUAAAGCUCUCUGACUCCAGAAUGCUGCAUAUGCUCGAGGCCAAUAAACAGAAGCUAAACGUCUCAAAAGAAUCCGAGCGUCUUACUCAACGACACGUACGGUUUAUGCACGAAACGCUAGGACAAUACGCUCUUUUAAAGGAGUGUAUUGAUAAAUUGCAAAAGGAAGCUGAAUCCAUGAGAAUGAUCAUGUCAUAUGACUUAUGCACAGCAAUCACUGAAACUAAGAGUGAGCUGAUUACAGUCAGACAUGAAAUGUCAUCAUCCAGCUGCAUAUCUAACCAAAUAAAGAUAUUGUCAGAAGAACUAAGACUUCUCCGCGAGAGUGUGGAAUCACCAAGACACACCAAAACGGAAGAUCUGAUAAGCACAUCUCUCAAUGAGGAGUUAAAAGAGAUACGCAGCGCUAUAAAUGAUAUUAAGACCUUAAAAUGUGGAAUACCAUUCUCUGAACUCCCUACAGUUUCCACCGAAGAAGGGAAAGGUCAAGAGGAGCAGGCUCAGGGGAUGACUCAGGAAUUGCGGAAACACAUUCACGAGGUGAAAACGCAGCUCCAAGAGGAUAUCGCCAGCCUGCGCUGUCAAAUGACUCAAAUAUCUGAAGACAUAGCAAAAUUUAGAAAGUGCCCUGCUGAUUCUUUAAUCUCCUCAGUCCAAGCCAGCAUAGAAGAACUGAGGCGAAAUACUAGAGAAUUACAGGACACUACUUUGGAAUCGGCAGCACCCAUUAGAACGGCCAUUGAAGGACUCCGAAACGAGGUCAGAAGUCAAACAUUUAUAGACAGAUCAAACUCAGCAGAGAAGGAUCAAAAUAUUAUACAAGAACAGCAAAAAUCGGAGAAAGCUUUCAUACCGAUGCAAAGAGCUACAAAGCCUUACUUCUCAUCUAGAUUAUACUCAGAAGUGACUGCUAAACCUAAUUUCUCUAUUGUGGUAGAAUCAGCUGAUCCUAGAAAUACCAGCGAUGAUAUAAUAAAACAGGUAAAGAAUGACAUUAAUAUAAUAGAUUUAGGUAUAGGAAUAAGCAAUAUAAAGAAAGCAAAAAAUCAGAAAGUGCUUAUAAGUUGCGAAACAGAAGACGACAGAAAGAUUCUACAUGAGAAACUGAAAAAUACCACAAACAAACUGACUGUACAGAAACUUCCGACCAAAAAUCCUCUGUUGAGACUAAUCGGAGUAGCAAUGGACCUAAGUAAUAAUAAAAUUGAAGAAGCUGUAAUUAAACAAAACGGCUCGUUGCUAAAGGAUAUAUCAACCUCACAAACGCACAUAAAAGUUGUGAGAAGAGUCAAAGGCCGUACUGGUUCAUUAAAUAACAUAAUCGUAGAAGUUAGCCCACAAGUCUGGUCAAGACUCAAAGACCAAAGAAUAAGGCUUGGGUUUCAGAUUGUCCCAUCAGUUGACCAGUCGCCCUUGAUUCAGUGCUACCGCUGCCUAGGAUUUUCACAUCGAGCUAGUGAAUGCAAGGCUGAUACAGUAAUUUGUGCAUAUUGCGCUGAGCCACACGAUACACGAGAGUGUUGCAAUAAAAACGAAGCUCCAAAGUGCACAAAUUGUAUCAACAAAAAGGCAAAUGAUUGGGCAUGUGCUCACCCCGCCUAUAGCUCCGAAUGCCCUGAAUGGCAGCGGUGGGACAGAAUUGCAAGAUCUUUUACAUCAUACUGCUAA